AUGGAGUGUCCCGUUGGUACAUCGUUCACCAAUCCGACAAACGCGGCAUUCGUAAGAGAGCUUGUUGCUACUCUCUACCACGACAAUCCCAUCCAAAACACGCGGGAUUCUCUUACGAAGGACCCUGAGGAGAUUCGAAAAGGAUCGGUCCUUGUUCUUACGGGGUACCGCCAGCAAAAGUAUGAGUACAAUGCACAACUCGCGCAGUUGUGCUCCGCCAAAGUCCCUGAAGGUUGUGUCUCUGUCCGCACCAUCGACGAUUCGCCCAGUCACGAGGCUGACGUUGUCCGUACACUGGAAGAUGGUUUCAUCAGCGAUCACUAUACCUUUUAUGUCUUAUAUUAG